CGCACUCUCGCUCGCACACUCCCACGACCCACAGUGAUAAAAAGCCUCGACCCGAGACGACAAGAAUCUCUCCCAAGCCAGCCAGCCAGCCAGCACAACAGCACAGCCACCCUCCUCCGCCAGUAGCUCACCAGGCCUGCUAGCUGCCCUGCCUAGCUCCUCCUUCCUUUCCUCUUCCCUCUGCGCGAGGAGAACGGCCAGUGGCAAGCAACUGUGCGGAGCACGGCAAAGCAACGAAGAGCUUGCCGGAAACUUCCCUCCCUAGCUAGCUAGCUUCGCCACGAAGGACCUGGCCUGAGAGCGCGGCCACCACCGGCGGGUUAGCUUCGUUCCCCUCGCGCGCGCGCGUCUAUUUACCCCGAGGGCCCGGGCGCGCCCACGAUGGAGAUGGCGGGGGCGGCCGAGGCGGACACGCCGUCGCAGGAGCCGGUGCGCACGGGCCGGAGCAACACCAUCCUGCUCCCCAUCGUCGGCAUCCUUUUCGCCUACCUGCUCUACCGCUUCCUCCGCCCGCGCCUCCGCGGCCUGCGCCUCGACCGCUACGUCCCGUCGUGGGUCCGCGCGCCCGCCUGGCUCCGCCGGCGCGCGCCCAGCGGCAGCACCGUGCUGCCCUACUUCGCGCCCAUCGCCGACCGCCUCGGCGCGCUGCCGUACCUCGGCCCCUUCGCCGAGCGCCUCGGCGUGGGCCCGCAGGGCGGCGGCGGGUACGGCGGCCACGGCGCCCAGGCGCUCGUCAAGUUCCCCGGCGGGGAGGCGCUGUCGGUGGCGGCCAUCCUCGAGGCGCCCGGGGAGGUGGUGGCCAAGUCCGCGCACAGCACGCUGUACCGCGCCGCGAUGCGCUCCGGCGAGGCCGCCGUGCUGCUCCGGUUCGUGCGCCCCGCGUGCGCCGUCGGGGCCGACGAGGCCUAUGCCGCCGCGGGGCGGAUCGGCGCAGUCACGCACCCGAACCUCGUGCCGCUCCGCGCGGUGUACGUCGGGCCCAGGGGCGAGAAGCUGCUCGUGCACCCCUUCUACGCCGCCGGCUCGCUCCAUCGCUUCUUGCAAGAGGGAAUUGCCGAGUCACAGAGAUGGAACAUAGUUUGCAACCUUUCUCUCGGCAUCGCCAAGGGACUGGAUCACCUCCACACAGGUUUGGAGAAGCCGAUGGUUCACGGCAACCUCAAGACGAGCAACAUCCUUCUCGACGCCAACUACGAGUGCAGGAUAUCGGACUACGGCAUCUACCUCCUGCUGAACCCCGCCGCCGCCCAGGAGAUGCUGGAAUCCUCCGCGGCGCAGGGGUACAAGGCGCCCGAGCUGAUCAAGAUGCGGGACGCCACGAGGGAGAGCGACAUCUACAGCCUGGGGGUCGUCCUGCUCGAGAUGCUCGCCCAGAAGGAGCACGCCGACGACGGGCGGCCGAACCCGCGGGACAUCCUCCUGCCGGCCUCCUUCAAGAACCUGGUCCUCGAGAGGAAGAUCUCCGAGGCCUUCAGCUCCGAUCUCGCCAGGCACUGCAGGAGGUCCGGGAAGGAGAGGAACCUGAACGCCUACUUCGAGCUGGCCACGGCCUGCUGCAGCCCGUCGCCGUCGCUGAGACCCAACACGAAGCAUGUACUCAAGAGGCUCGAGGAGAUAGCGAGAUGAAUCAUGAAUGGGUGUGAGUAGGUUUGCCAGCUUGCUACUUAAUCAGCAUUGCAUCACAGUCACAACAGCUGUCCGUUGAUCCUCUGAAGCUGAAACUCCCUGCCUACUGCAUCUUCCCCAAACUAAUUGGCAACAGAAUUUGAGCUGGGCAUUUGGGGAAUGGACACAUGCGUUCCACUCACAUCCAGGAACCUGUACAGUCUUUCACAGAGAGAUGCAGAGGGGGACUCAUCUGAAGAUACAUACACCUGGGCUGCUGUCAAUGGAUGAGCAUGACUGCAUGAGUACUAGAUUAUGUUUUUGCCUUGUUUUACCUGAAAAUAGAAAUGUACAAUCAUAGAGUGCCCCUGGAGACGUGUAACGGACUUGCAUGUUGUAUUUCCAUGCUGCAACAUCAGUGCAUCACCACCAUGUGCGUGGAAUGUUCUCUUCCCGAUGCAUGUAUAACAAUGUAACACGUAUCGUCGUCGACAUUGUGAUGUUCCCGGACUCACUGUGCAUGUGUAUACGUGCUGCGUACUGACAAA